AUGAUUAUACCAAAAUUUACAGUUGAGCAAAAUGAAGAGUUUGUUAUAGUUGUUGCAAGAACACCAUACAUUAAAGCAUCGGAAGCAGAUUUUUAUUUGUUGGGAAAUCAAUUCAAAUUUUAUUGCAAACCUUAUUUCCUUAGAUUAACAUUCAGCCACAAUGUUGCUGAAAAUGGUAAAGAAAAGGCAUCAUACAAUGUAAAUACUUUAGAUUUUACAUUUCACUUACCAAAAGAAACCAUUGGCCAAAAGUUUGAAGAUUUAGAUUUAGUUACCAAAUUAUUAGAAAGAAAAGGAGGUAAUACCAAUAAAGUUCAAGUAUUAAGUGAAGGAAGUGAAUAUGUCGGCGAUGUUAAUGAAGAUUAUGAAGGUGAAGAAGGUGAAGAAGAAGAUAUUGAAUGGGAAUUCGAACAAGUUUUAGAACCAGAACCAUCCUUGGAUGAGUUAAAAAGUAAAGUAAAAUAUGGUUUCAACGAUAUGUACAGUGAUUUCUUUGAAGGUUUACAAUCUGAAAUUGGGGAUAUUAUCGACAUUCCAAUUAUAGAGUCAAUUACAAAAUCAGAAAGAAAUAAGGUUAGAACUGAAUUUGAAAAUAUCCAAUUCGAUCCAGAAAGAUAUAUGGAGUGUCAUAUAUUCAAUGACGAUGUUAAGGAAUUAUUACAUCAUAAAUGCAAUUGGGAAGAAUUAAUUUUAAAAAAAAAUAAAUUAAAACAAGAAAAGAAAAAAAAUCAAGAUAUUAAUAAUAAUAGCGAUAUUAAUAAUAAUAACAACAACAAUAAUAAUAAUAAUAACACAGAUACCAAAGAAACACCAAAACAAGAGGAAGUUAAAGAAACAAAACAAUUUGAUCCAUCCAAUUUAGAAGAUUUUGAUGAUGGAGAUGAAAUUCAAAAUGAAACUGAAAUUCAAUCAUCAGAUAUCCCAGAUGAAAUUUUAGAAAAGAUAAAUUCGACCUUAUCAAAGAAGAUUUCAAUUGUAAACGACUCUGACCCAUCAACAAUUUUAGGUGAAGAAGAGGAGAAAUCAAGCACUCAAAUUAACAAUAAAUAUUCAAAAAAACUUAUUACAUUUACCGAUGAAGAAAAAGAUAUUAUGAAAAAUUUACCAAAUAAAGAGUAUAUGAUUUCAAAUGAAAAAUCAUUGUUGUUGGGUUUAGUCGAUAUUAUAUUUGCAUAUGCAUACAACGAAAGAGUCAAUAUGGGUUAUGAAAAUAUCGAAUCUGCAUGGAACAUUUGUAAAAUAUCAGGAACUUUAUCAUGUUUGGAUACCUUUAGCAACCUUACAUCCGUCGUAGAAUGCUGUCUCAAGAGAUCAUUGACCUAUCCAUUAUACAGAAGCUGGGAUCUUUCUGCAAGAGUUUUUCAAGACACUCAACAAAUUUUCCAAUUGGGUAAAAGAUGUUUAUUAAAAUGUUUAUUAGAUAUUAAAAAGAAAUUAGAGGGCCACGAAUUCAAAUAUUAUUUAAAUAGAUUAUAUAUUGACGACUAUUGUGUAUGGUUACAACAUGCCAGCAAAAAGAAAUUAAAAUCAUUAAAAUUAAAAUUAUCAGAUUACAAAAUAACAAAAAAUAUAGUAGAUUGGCCAUUAGAAGAAUAUGAAAAAUUAGUUGAAGAGGAAGGUAUGGUAUUCGGUGAAGUCGAAGACCAAGAAGAACAAUAUGAAUAUGAAAAUCAAGAUUCAAAUGAUGAAGAAGAUGAUGAUGAAACUAAUUAA